GCCUACGUCCGCGUCCCCGCGGCUGCCCCGGCGCAGCGGCUGUUUGGCGGCGGGCGCGGGAAGUCUCCUUAGCGCCGCAGGCCGCGCGCGGAGGGCCCGGCUGGGGGCGGGCUCAGAGCUGCGUGUCUCGUGCCCCGCGGCCGGCGGCGCCAUGAGGGUGGUGGCUCUGAUCAGUGGUGGGAAGGACAGCUGUUACAAUAUGAUGCAGUGUGUGGCUGCUGGGCACCAGAUUGUUGCACUAGCGAAUUUACGGCCUGCUGAAAACACAGUGAAGACAGAUGAGCUGGACAGCUACAUGUUUCAGACAGUAGGACACCAUGCCAUUGACCUGUAUGCUGAUGCAAUGGAUUUGCCGCUUUAUCGUCGCACUAUAAAAGGAUCCAGUGUGGAUAUUGGAAGAGUAUAUACCAGGUGUGAAGCAGAUGAGGUUGAAGACCUUUAUCACCUUUUGAAACUUGUUAAGGAACAGGAAGGAGUGAAAGGCGUCUCUGUGGGAGCCAUUCUUUCAGACUAUCAACGCGUUCGUGUAGAAGAUGUUUGUAAGAGACUCAAUCUACAGCCUUUAGCUUAUCUUUGGCGUCGAAACCAGGAAGCUUUGCUCAGAGAAAUGAUAUCUUCAGAUAUUCAAGCCAUGAUCAUAAAAGUGGCAGCUUUUGGUUUAGAUCCAGAUAAACAUCUAGGAAAAACACUGGAUCAAAUGGAGCCUUAUCUUUUAGAGCUUUCUAAGAAGUAUGGAGUCCACAUGUGUGGAGAAGGUGGCGAAUAUGAAACAUUCACUCUGGACUGCCCUCUAUUUAAGAAGAAAAUAGUUGUGGACUCAUCUGAUGUAAUUAUACAUUCGGCUGAUGCGUUUGCACCCGUGGCCUAUCUUCGUUUUCUAAAAUUACACUUAGAGAAUAAGGUGGAAUCUUCAGACAAGUUUAUGGACAGUAGCUGUUCUUGUGAAGUAACCUGUAAUGAGGAUAAUAUGUUACCUGCAGCUGAGGAAGAUGGACCGAAGGACAUUCCUCCUAUCAUCUGGAAAUCAUUGAAACAUAAUUCUCUUCAGUAUAGUAAGACAUUAGGAUGUUCAGGAAAAUCCCUAAGUGGUUACCAGUGGGUUUCAGGAAUCUCUGCCUGCUUUCUUCCAGCAGAAGGCAAAAGUAUUCAAGAUACAGCUCUGGAAGUCUUUUCUUCUCUCCAAGCUAAUAUGAAUUCCAUGGGAUUUGAACUGAAAGAUAUUAUUUUGGUCCAUUUGUAUAUGAAGAGCAUGAAAGAUUUUGCUGUAAUAAAUUCAGCCUAUGUGACAGAGUUUGAUUUGUGUCCACCGGCAAGAGUGUGUGUAGAGGUCCCGUUGCCCGAUGGAAUACUGUUUUGGAUUGACUGCCUUGUACAUAGCCGUGACUUUACGACUGAUGACGCAUCCUGUUAUGAAAAGCAGGUCAUGCAUGUACAGAGCAUUUCUCACUGGGCACCUGCUAACAUAGGACCUUACAGUCAGUCAGUCAAGAUUGGAGAUGUUCUCUACUGUGCUGGACAGAUUGCACUAGUACCUUGUACUAUGCAGCUUGUAAGUGGUGGCAUACAGACUGAGGCCACAGUCUCCCUACGUCAUGUUGAGAAAGUCCUUAAAGCUAUGAGUCACAAUACUGAACUCCAGCACGUCCUUAUGGCAAACUGUUAUGUAACUGACAACAAGUACAUUCCUGUUGCUCGCGCUAUAUGGGAAAAGAAAUUAAAAGAAGACAAAAAGGCAAAAGACUCGAUAAUGUGCAGUGAUCUACCUGCAGUGUGUGGAACACUAGCUGUGGUUGUGGUACCGCACCUACCCAGAGAGGCAUUCAUUGAGUGGCAUGUCAUUGCGGUAGUGGAUGAUCCAUUACAAAGAAAAACUUUUUCAAUGAAGAUGUUUUCAGAGGGCUGCCAAAUUGAAUGUGAGGUUGUGGAGUCCAGUUCUGCCACUAGUGCAUCAAUCUCAGUAUGCCUAAGCCUGAUUUCACCAUCUGUUUCUUCAGUUGAUUUAGAUACAGCUCUCCAAGAUACGGUUGCUGUUUUUAGGCAAGCUGUUGAGAAACUUUCCGAAGACUGCACUGCAAUACCUUUGUGUUUUAGAACUUUCUACAAGAAGGAUAGCUUCAGUACUGAAAUACUACAAGCAGGACUGCAAGAAUCGCUUGAAAAACAACUGGGCAAGAAUACUCCAGCACUGAUUCUCGUACCUGUGAUGGAUUUACCUGACAGGGAAUUUAUCCGUAUAGUAUGUUGGCUCAGCUAGGAGUUUAGAACUGAUUCCACCAAGAAGAGAGCAAAGGAAAGAACUGUCCUUGAUUUUGCUGAAUAUUUUCAUUAAAAUCAUGAUUUUCAUUGUUUGUUUGGAGCAAAGUUAAACAUAAAAUAUCAGCAGCUUUAUGAAUAAUGCUUGAUUGUAUAUGACCUUCUCAGCUUUUGGAUGAACAAUAAACAUUAAAAAAUAUAUUGUCCUA